GGCGAGGUCAGCACUGUUCCAAGAUGGCUUCCUCCCUGAGAGAGAAGCAAAUCCAAGCUUUAAAGCGUAUGAUCAACUUUAAUCAGCCUCCAACGAAAGCCACAUCGUCGGAACCACAAUGGAAAGUUCUUGUGUACGAUCGUUUUGGUCAGGACAUAAUUUCACCAUUAAUGUCGGUGAAAGAACUUCGAGAUAUGGGAGUAACGCUCCAUCUGAAUCUUCACUCGGAUCGAGACCCCAUUCCCGAUGUGCCGGCUAUUUAUUUCGUGUUACCGACAGAUGACAACAUACAAAGACUGUGUAGGGACUUUGGGAAUCAAUUAUACGAAUCGUAUUUCCUGAAUUUUAUUUCAGCAGUCCCACGUCAAAAACUAGAGGACAUUGCUAGUGCUGCCAUUCAGCAAAACUGUGUACACCAGGUCUCGAAAAUUUAUGACCAAUAUUUGAAUUUUAUUUCGCUUGAGGAUGACAUGUUCGUACUACGAAACCAGGAGAGGGAAAGCAUAUCGUAUUAUGCCAUAAACAGGGGAGAUGUAAAGGACACAGACAUGGAGUUUAUAAUGGACACGGUUGUGGACAGUUUGUUCUGUGUUUUUGUAACCCUUGGUGUUGUUCCUGUCAUUAGGUGUCCAAAAGGUAAUGCAGCAGAAAUGGUUGCGGAAAAACUGGAUAAAAAACUCCGGGAAAAUCUACGCGAUGCCCGUAAUAGCUUUUUCACAUCAGACAGUAUACAGACUGGUCAGUUCAGUUUUCAACGGCCACUUUUGGUUUUACUUGACCGUAAUCUUGACCUGGCUACAAUGCUUCACCACACGUGGACUUACCAGGCCCUGACCCAUGAUGUAUUUAAUUUACAACUUAACAGAGUUGAGGUGGAAGAAACUGUUGAGGCUAAAUCUCCAGGUGGCGCAAUGUUGAAAAAGAAGAAAAGUUACGAUUUAAACCCUACUGAUCGCUUUUGGCAGGCACAGAAGGGUAGCCCCUUCCCAAUGGUGGCAGAAGCGGUGCAGGAAGAACUCGACUCAUACAGGGCACAGGAAGAUGAGGUUAAGAAACUGAAAGCUGUCAUGGGACUGGAGGGUGAGGAUGAAUCUGCCAUAAGUCAACUGUCGGACACAACAGCCAAGCUUACAUCGACAGUCAGCAACCUUCCAGAGCUUCUGGAGAAGAAGCGUUUGAUUGACAUGCAUACCAACAUUGCCACAGCAGUACUUGGUCAAAUCAAGGCACGGAAACUUGAUGCGUAUUUUGAAACAGAAGAAAAGCUGAUGAGUAAGGCGGUAUUGGACAAGUCUCUAAUGGACAUGAUAUCUGAUCCGGACUCUGGGACUCCUGAGGACAAAGUGAGGCUCUUUGUCAUUGCACUGAUAUGUGGGCCUCCAAUGAGUGAAGCAGAGAUUGACCAGUAUUGUGUAGCGUUACAGGGGGCUAACUGUGACAUUUCCCCGAUCACCUACAUACGAAGAUGGAAAGCGUACACGAAAAUGACAGCCGCUCCUAGUCAGUAUGUGGGAGGAGGGACAAAGACUGUUGGUAUGUUCUCCAAACUCAUGACAACUGGUUCACAAUUCUUCAUGGAGGGAGUGAAAAACUUGGUUAUCAAGAAACACAAUCUGCCUGCAACGAGGAUCAUUGAUGCAUUAAUGGAAAUGAAAUCGCUUCAAGAUGUGGAAGAUUUCCGUUACUUCGACCCGAAACUUCUUCGAGCUGAUGCAUCAUCAGUACCAAGAAAUAAGUCUCCUUUCCAGGAGGCAUAUGUGUUUGUGGUAGGGGGAGGUAACUAUAUAGAGUACCAGAACUUGAUGGACUAUGUGAAGACCAAGUCUGGUUCAGCGGGACAGAGAAGGGUUGUGUAUGGAUGUAGUGAUAUAUCCAGUGCCUCCCAGUUCCUGAAACAACUCGGACAUCUAGGCCAGGAAAUGGGAUAGCUAUAGGCAAGCUAUUGUUGUACUCGUGAUCAACUUCAAGAUAACUUCAUUACAAGUCAAUAUUUGCGAGAUUUAACCCUAAAACUAAAAAUACACUGGAUUAUGGAUGAUUGUAAGUUUAUUUUUAGGGUAACUAUUUCGCAUGUAUUGACAAAAUUCAAAUUCCUAUGUGUUGAGUACUUUCCCCAAAUAAAUUUAAGGUAUGAAUUCAUUGAUUGAGUAGUGCUAAUUUUUUUUUAAAAAGUUUAAAACAAGGACAGUCAAAUAAGUGAAUGUAAGAAAUGUGAGUGAAUUGAUCAUUUUACUAGAUUUAAUUGUUUACCUAUAUCACAUGCGUUGACUGACUGACUGUUCAGUAUUGAACAUUUCUAUGAGUUUAAAUAUAGCUAACAAAAUUUGAACCAGUAAACAUCUUCAUGUAGUUGCUUAAAUUGUGUGUAUCAACUCUCAAAUCAACAUUGGUUUUAUUAAAGUUAAACACAGUUCAGGAAACAAUACUUAUAUUGUGUACAUCAUGUGCACUUGUGACAAAACUUUUCAAAAUGUUGUAUUUAGUAUUUAUGUGUAAUUAAAUCAGCAGUGAAUUGGUUCUCUCUGAACUUCAUGUACCAGUCUGAUAACAUCAGUAAAUAUUAUAUAAUUAGCUGCUUCCCUUCUAUGGAAUUUUUAUAGUAUGAUGAUUGAAAAAAAAUGUAUUCCUUAAAGAGGUCCCCCGUACCACUACAUAAACGCAGUUGGAGACUUUGUUUUUUUGCUUCCUGAAUAUAGCUUUUAAAAAUAAUUUCUG